AUGGCUACUCCGUCUACAAUCGAAGAGAUCCAAACAUAUAAGACCCAAUUGAAUGAAUUUUUGAGUAAGAAGUUCAUCGAUCAAUCCUUAUUAUUAGGAUUCAAUAAUGUACUUCAAUCAAAGUUUCAGACUUUGAUUUUAUCAGAUUGUAACGAUUAUUACGAUAACCUAAAGGCGUAUGAAAGUCAGUCGGAAAACGACGUUCCAAAUAAUCAACUUGACCUAGAAUUUAAAACGAUAAAGAUAUUUGAAAUUCUCUGGACCGAAUUCCACUACCCAAUCAUUAAAUUUUUUCAAUUUCAUCAUGCUACGUACUAUAAUGACUUCAGUAAGAAAGUUCUUGAUUCUAAUGGGAAAGACAAAUCGUUGAAGGCAGUAGAAAUCAGAAAAAUCAAUGAUAACUUUAAUAAAUUCAUGAAGCAAGUUUAUCAAUUCUACUUUACACUAUUGAAAUAUUUCUCAACCCAUUUCCAGAACCCGUUAAUUCCAGAUACAUUCUUAGCUCAUUUCAGUUUCGUCAUUCCCAAUAAUGCUAUUAAAACAUUUAACGCUAAUUUGCAAGCAAACUUAAUAUUCCUAAUUCACAGAUGUCUAUUGUCAUUGGGUGAUAUAUCUCGUCAUAGAUCAUUUAUGGAACUCUCAUAUGUUAACCCUUGCUUAUCAAUUAAGAAUUUUUGGAAGUAUUAUCAUUUGACAAAUCUGUCAAGCAAGGAAAAGAUUUCGCUAAUGAAGCCAUUGUAUGAGAAGGCAUUGAAUUUCUAUAAGUUUUGUAUAUUACUUUUACCAGCACUCAAUGAGCCAUAUAAUCAUAUUGGAAUGAUCUACAAUUUAAUGGAUAGCAAAUAUGAUGCUUGCUAUUGGUUCUUAAGAUCUCAGUUUACAAGACUUCCCGAUUACAAAUUAGGUUUAACCAACUUGAACACAAUUUUACGAAAAGAUUGGUUCAUUAACCAUUUAAUUUCCUUCAAUAAUCCAAAUAAGAAGAACAAAAUUUCUGUGUCGAAAAUAGAUGAAUUAAACAUAACUCUUAUCUGCUUGAUAUGUUAUUAUUAUGUUCCCGAGUAUUAUCAUCAGUCUAAUAACACGAUCACUAAAAACUUUAAGCAUUCAAAAAUUGAAGGAGACUUUUUCAAAAAAUUAUUCGAAUCGUUUGACAAGUACAUUCGUAGAUAUGAAGAAGAAGAUUUAAAUCUCUACGUUAAGCAACUAGUGGUGUUAAUGUCGUUCAAUAAACUACUUGAACGGGGUAGUGAUAAGUUAAUAUCAGAACAAUUUAUUAAGUUUACAUUUCGUUAUAUAAAUAAACUUCUAGAAUCAUGUGUCUCCAUGGAAUUCGACUAUCAAAAUAAAAGGGUAGUUCUAAUUAUUCUAAGGUUAUUAUCUAACUGGUUUAAGGAAAACAAAGUUAUUUUGAGAAAUUUCCAAGCUAGAAAAAGCCUUAUGGUGAACAUAGUUACGCUAUUAAACGGAAUGACUUCUGAUAUAUAUGGUAAUGAUUCACUUAGUCAAGACAUAAAUCGGGAAAAAAUAAUUCAUUUAAUUAAGUCGAAUUCGAGGCCAGUGAGAGAUUAUUAUUUUAAGGAGGAUGUUUACUUUAGAGACUUUCUGAUUAUCAAGUUUCAACUCAAGGAUUUCAAAGACGAUCAUAUCUUUGCGUCAAAUAACAUCAACUUACUUGUCGGAGAUUAUUCAAGUUUGAUAGAUAAAACCACUCUUGUACCAUCAUUCUUGGACAAUGAUUUGUACAAACAAUUAAUUGACAACAAAGGCGAUGAUAAGAAAAAUAAUUCUCACAUGGAAAAGAGUGAAUUUCUUGAUAUUGAAAUUAUUCAUUAUGAGAAUAAUUUAAGAUUAAAAUCUGUGAUUUUGUUAAGUAAAAAAUUACUUGAGAGCAAUCCAUAUGGCAUCGAAUUUGAUUACAAUGAAGGUAAAUUCGUCAUUAGCGAUACUACUACAGAAAAUUUAGAAGUUAAACUAGAAGUCAAAGACUCUCAGGGCAAAGACCAAUCAAAAACCUCUGAUCAAACCGGCAAGUCUAAUGUCAAAACUCAAACGAAAAAGAAAGAACCCAAGGUUAAGGCAAAUAGGUCUGGAAAAGCUUGGAAUGAGCAUGAAACUCCAUCGAAGUUAGAAAACAAGAAAGAAAAGAAGAGCAUUCAAGUUGAGAAUUCUUUUGAUGAUAUAAACACAAAAGAGCAAGAAGGAAUUCAAAUUCCAAAUACUCUUCAAGAGCUCAAUUCUUUUAUUCUCAGCCAUUCUUCUCAAUUACAGGAUAGCUUGUUGCAGAAUCCUAAUGAUAAAACCGUUGUGGUCAACUCAAGUACUGAUGACAUUUUGACUCAAGAUCCACAAAGGGAAAAUGGGCUUCAGAACAUGGUGGACUCAUUAGUGCUUGAAUCAUCUAAUAGUGAACCUAAGAGUGUAAAUUCCAAUACACCGAAUAUUUGGAAGAAUGGAAGUAGUAAUGAAGUUGUUAAUUCCGGAACUCCAUCUCAAUCCUUCAACGCGUUGAAUUCUACUUUCUCCAAUUCAUCUGCGCCUAAUGAUUAUCCUAUGUAUGGUGGAAUGCCAAUGGCAUCUCAAAUGACUCAAGGAACACAUAUUUCGCCGAAUUAUUCGCAAGUGUUCCAGCAGCCUUAUCCACAAUAUUUCAAUCCAUUCCCAAAUCAACCUCAAACGGGUAACAGCACACCUUACUAUCGUGGAGCAAACGACCGUUUCAUGCCAAUGUCUUCGCAGCUGAUGUUACAUUCAAUACCACCAUCGCUUCCACAACAACCAUUACAGGGUGCAUCCCAAUCACCAAUGCCGGCAGCCUCAGCGUCUCCAGCACCUGCACAGGUAUAUCCACAAUAUGGUCAGUUUUAUAACCAGUUCAUGGGACCACCACAACAUAUGCAACCGCGUCCUCCUCCACCGCAGCACCCGGAGCAAAAAUCUGAUCGCUACGGAAAUCCUCCAUAUCCUUCGUGA